UCUAUUUGUACACAUAACACAGGUAACACACAUGAUAUCUCUGGUGAAUAUUUGGGAAGUUUAAUUAGUGUUUCUUAUAUAAAGCAUAUGCCAAAUGACAAUUCUGCAUCCAGUUUAUACUGAUAUGAAAUCAUAAAUGCAUGUAAUGAUAGAAAGUUUUUGAAAACAUUGGUUACCUUGAAACUUUGAUACGCCUGUACAAAUAAAUCAAAAUGUCUAAGCCUUUGUCUGGAAAAGUAUGUAUCGUAACUGGAGCAACUAGAGGUAUUGGUAAGGGGAUAGCUCUACAACUGGGUGAGGCUGGAGCUACAGUAUAUAUAACUGGAAGGACACUUACCUCACCUAAAGAUGAUCCUGUUGGUGGCUCCCUAACAGAAACAGCUAAAGAAAUUGAGACUCGAGGUGGUAAAUGUAUUCCAGUACAGUGUGAUCAUUCUAAAGACAGCGAUGUUGAGGAAUUGUUUAGUCGUGUUGCAAAGGAACAAGAUGGACGCCUUGAUGUUCUUGUUAAUAACGCAUAUUCGGCUGUCAAGGCUUUAUCUGAUAACUUUAACAAACCGUUUUGGGAACAGCCUAUAACAAUGUGGGAUACUGUUAAUAAUGUAGGACUAAGGAAUCAUUACAUAUGUUCUGUACAUGCAGCAAGGUUAAUGACUGCAUGGAAAUCAGGUCUAAUUGUCAACAUAUCAUCUGCUGCUGGACUUAAAUACACGUUUAAUGUACCUUAUGGCAUUGGAAAAGAAGCUAAUGAUAGAAUGGCAGCAGACUGUGCUGUAGAAUUGCGGAAGAUGGAUGUUGCUUUCGUCAGUUUGUGGCCUGGUUUAGUACGAACAGAACAGGUUUUACAUUUACUGACAACCAAGGGAGAUGAAACUAUAUCAACAUCAGAAGAAACAAUGAAGCUAGAUCCUUCUAUGUUUGAAAAUGCAGAAACAACUGAAUAUUCAGGAAAAGCAAUUGUUGCCCUGGCAACAGAUUCAAAUAUUAUGAAAAAGUCUGGUCGAGUUUUCUUCACCGCAGACCUUGGCUAUGAAUAUGGAUUUAAAGACAUUAAUGGUAAAGUACCUGUAAAUCCUAGACAGUUGAACAAUGCUCUACAGUUUUUUCCAAAGACAAAAUGGAUGGCUAAAUUUGUUCCAAAUUUUGUAUAUAUUCCUAAAUGGGUGAUGGCUGCAGCUGGUAAUAAGUUUUGAUGACCAGCCAAACUCAAUUGCUACCUAGUCCUAUUUAUAGAAUAUAUAAAUGUACAGGAUUUUUACAAAUGUUGUAUUUUUCUAUUUCAUUUAUUACUUACUUUCUCUUGUUUAUUAAAACAAUAAACAAAUAUAAAUGUU